AUGGUGUAAAUCAGGGGCAGGAAUCACAGACUCCACAAGCCCCAAAGUUGGGGGUGAAAGUUGGUGUAAAUCAGGAGCAGAAACGAGAGACUCAAGGAGCCCCAGCACCAGGGGAGAAGGAUGGUUUAACUCUGGAGCAGGAAUCAGCAUCUCAGCAAGAUUCAGAGCCAAGGGAGAGAGAAUUCUGUACAGAGAGACAAAAAGCCCUUCAGUACAUCGAAUCCAAGCUAAAUAUGCAGAAAUACAGACGCAGGAAACUAAAGCUGAGAGAUGUCCUGGAAAUCACACCAGAAAGUGUAAAGAACUGGACUCCCCAGACAACAGGAGAUUUACCGUGGCAUUUCCUGAGGAAGCUCAUGGCUCUGAAUGGGACAGCGAGAAGCAGGGCACCUGAUGAUCAAACACUAAUUAUGGACAAAGAGGAGCUGGGUAUUCAUGAAGAAUUUUUUUAUCACAGUGACACAGACACCAGUGAUUCACUAAACCCCCUCGAUGUUCUCUGUGCCGUUCUGCUUUGCUCAGACAGUUUCCUGCAGCAGGAGAUCCUGUCCAAAAUGUCCAUGUGCCAGUUUGCCCUCCCUCUGCUGCUACCUGCCCUCGACACCCCCAGGUACACCCUAAUGCUGUGGGCCAUGAGGGACAGGAGGAAGUGGAGGCCGCACUCCCUGGCAGAGAGUAGAGGGUUCAGAGAGGAGAGCCUGGUGCUCACAGCAAUGCCAACCAUUUCCUUUGUGCGGAUGGGGAGCUGCAGCUUCUCCAAGUCCAAACUCCUCAAUGAAGUUCUCAGCCCCUCCCAGCAGCAUCACGAUUUCUUUAUCCAUCGGGACAUGGAGUCUGGGAAUGUCCUUCGGGAAAUCGCAGAUGGGCUGGUCGAGAUUUCCUGGUAUUUCCCUUGUGGGAGGGAGAAUUUGGAUCUUUUCCCAGAGCCCAUCGCAGUUACAAAUCUGCGAGGAGACAUUGAGUCCCACUGGCUGCAGUUUAGCUUUUUAACAGAGAUCUCCUCAGCAGUGUUCAUAUUAACGGAGAGUAUCAAUGAGAGAGAAUACACCCUGUUAUCAUCUCUGCAGGGAUCAGCCACUAAAUACUACUUCAUCCUUAACAGUCAGGCUGGGAAAGCCAAGGAAACACUGGGACUCCUCAAUAAAUUAGCCCCACUGCUGGAUAUGAAAAAAUCACAACUUCUGGUGAAAGAACAGAGCAACAACAGCGCGGAGCUGGUGAAAAAGCUACGAUCCACCCUACGGGGCGUCAUGAGCUCCUCUCCCAAGAGCGCGAGGGUCUGUGACAUGGCUGUGACAGCGCGGGAGCUAGGGAUCCAGGUGGAUGAAGAUGAUGGAGAAUGUUGGACCGCCUUGGAGCACAUUGAAGAAAUCACUGCAGAAAUAAAGGACAUGGCAAAGUACAAGAGGGACAUGCUGAGGCUCCAAGGGGAUCUGUGGAAGAACUUGGCUAAAGUGGAGAAAGAGCUGUGCCAGAUGAAAGGCCAACAGGAUGUCUCUCCGGAAGACUAUAGAUCCCAGCUGAGAGAAAGGUGGUUGGAGCUACGCAGGCAUCAGAAUCAGUGUGACCUCACCAGCGGGAUGGUUAAAUUUAUUAGCGGGAUAGGACAACUGUGUCCAGCUGAGAAGCAUCACUUCCUGAAAUGGAUGAAGUUCCACCUGGAUCACAUCGCCAGGGGGAACCUCUCUAGGCUCCGGGCUGAGUAUAAAGAGAAAUGUCGCGCUGUAGGGGAUGAUGCACCACAGCUGGCGGAAUUGGAUGAACUAAUCUCUGCCAGCUCCUUAGGGGUGGAGCAUUUCAUGCGCGAGUUGGGGCAAUUUUACGAGGCCGAAUGCUCAAUGGUGAAAGAAGGGAACAUGGGGAACAUCCAAAGGCAAUUUGUCCAUCUCCCAGGCAUAGCAGCUGACCUGAUGCUGGAAGGGUUUCCCAUGGAGCUGAUCGAUGGGGAUGUAUCCAACAUCCCACUGCAGUGGGUGACAGAUGUUCUGACUCAGCUCCAUGCCAAGCUGGGGGGAAGAUCCAGAAUGGUGGUUCUAACGGUGCUGGGAGUGCAGAGCACUGGGAAAUCCACCCUCCUCAACACCAUGUUCGGCCUGCAGUUUGCAGUGAGCAGUGGCCGAUGUACGCGAGGAGCCUUCGUGUCACUCAUUAAAGUGGCAGAGAACUUUCAGCAGGAGCUGGGCUGUGAUUUCAUCCUGGUGAUAGACACGGAAGGCUUUAAAGCCCCUGAACUGGCCAAGCUGGAGGACAGUUAUCAACAUGACAAUGAGCUGGCCACACUGGUGAUUGGACUGAGUGACAUAACCAUCGUUAACAUGGCCAUGGAGAAUGCCACCGACAUGAAGGAUGUUCUGCAAACUGUGGUCCAUGCAUUUCUCAGAAUGGAGGAAAUAGGGCAAAAAGCCAACUGCCAGUUUGUGCAUCAGAACGUCAGUGAUGUGUCUGCACAUGAACAAAACAUGAGGGACAGGAAACACCUCCUGGAGCAGAUGGAUGAAAUGACCAAAGCUGCAGCAAACAUGGAAAAGAAAGGCAGGGAGAUGACAUUUUCUGAUAUUAUGGAUUAUGAUCUGGAAAAACACAAUUGGUACAUUCCUGCUCUGUGGCACGGAGUCCCUCCCAUGGCUCCAGUGAAUAUGGGAUACAGUGAAAAGGUUUAUGAAUUAAAGAAAUAUUUGUUUGAAUUUCUGAAAGGCUGUUCACAAAACAGAUCCCCUAAGGACAUUUCCCAAUUUCUUGAAUGGGUGAAGAGACUGUGGAAUGCUGUAAAACGUGAGAACUUCAUCUUCAGCUUUAGAAACGGUCUCGUCGCUGAAGCCUAUAACCAGUUCCCUGUGAAGUAUGCAGAGUGGGAAUGGGGUUUCCGCAAGGUGAUGCAUUUCUGGGUAUCUCAAAAAGAAACUUUCAUCCAAAAUCAGCCACCAGAUAAGCUAGACACAAGUGUUUUAACCAAACUAAAGAACGAGGCACAGAACAAACUGAGACAAGAAGCAGAGAAGAUUUUGGAUCAUUUAAAACAAUAUUUUGAAAGUGGAGCAACAAAUCUGCACCUGAUAGAAAAGUACAAACAGGAUUUUAGGAGAAGUGCAGAUGGUCUGAGGAAUGAACUGGAGAGUUAUUCAUUCAGCAAGUUGAAAGAAGCGAUUGAAAUUAGAAAAGGCCGACAUAAAACAGACGCUGUCCUGUCACAGUACAAGAGAAAAAUUGAAGAGAAAGUUGAGCUUCUGAACCAUUGCAGGAAAAGCAAAUGCAAGCUAAAUAAUGAUGAACAGGAGAAAGAAUUUGAAACCAUGUGGAGAGAAACAUUGUCAGAAUUAUCACUCAUUCCUUUAGAGAAACGCAUCAUAUAUAAAGAAAUGGAGUUACAUUUGAGAAAAGACCUAGAGAAUAGGGGGAGUGCAGCAUGGCAGAUGUUAAAGGAGGCCAAAAGCUUGUCUACUUAUAAAACACAAAGAAAAAUGAAAAAUGAAUACUUAGACUUCAGUGUGCUCAAAUGUAAGAAAAUAUCAGUGUCAGCUGUAAAAGCGUUCCAAGGUGUGAAAGAACGCUUUACACAGGAAAGCUGGCAUAAAACAAAGGCUCUUGGUACAUCCUUAAUAGAUGAGUGCAAUAGUUACACUGAUAAAAAGGUAAAUGGCAAAGCAGAUUACGAUGAAAUUUAUUGCAGAGAGUUGUUGCGGAUGAUUAACGAGCAGCUUCAGCAGGCAUAUGUUGAAAACCUUCACAUCAGCCCUUGCUUUGAAGUUGACCUGAAGCUUCACAUUUUGGGGGAUGCAGCUCGUGCAUUUCAGAAGAUGCAUGAAGAAUUCAUUACCAAAAAUGACCCUCUGCAGCAUCUGGGGAAACUGAAACCUCUGUAUCUCUCCACGUUCAAAGCUCUGUACUUAGAGAAGGAUGAGUGUCAAAACAGGGCCUACGAUUUCUGUGAUCGGUGUCUCAGACCUGCCCUGGUGAACUAUGUGAACAAGAGACUUGGGAUAGAAAUCGUGGAUGACAUUCUCAGCAGUGAACAGUCUAUUGAGUACAGCACCCGGAGCUUUUUCCAAUUCUUUGUUCUGAAGCAGCUUUUGGAAGAAAAUGAAUUUAACAGUUAUUUGCAAUACACAAGGAAUUAUGUAGAUUUUAUCAAAACCCAGAUACAGAAACACGUGUUAACACAUUACAGAGAGAAGGCAAGUCUGGGAGAUUUGGAGAAAAGGAUUGUCUCCCCAAUAAUUAAUAAACUCAGUGAUGUUCUGAAAAACUCCAAAUAUUUGAAGACUAAGACAGUCUCUGCCUUUUUAGACAACUUUUGUGAAAAGCUGCAGCAGGAUCUACUCAUUCCCAAGGACAGCUUAGAAGUGAUACUGUUUAAAAACACAGCACGUGCAGACCAAUUUUCAGCUUUUAUAGAACAGUUUAUUCCUGAUCUGGAAAAACAAGUUUUAGCCACUUUUGAAAAUCUGGAAAUUCAGUCAAAACUCUCAAAACUUGCAGUGAAGCCCCAGGAUGAGAUCUUCAAGCGAGUGUUUGGCUGUGGGAAGCAGUGUCCGUUCUGUAAAGUCCCCUGUGACGCAGGAACCCCUGCACAUACAGAGCAUUUUGCAGCAGUGCAUCGACCUAGAGGAUUAGGGGAAAGCCAGGAGAAUAUAACAAGGAGACUUGCCUAUGAUAUAUGCUCCUCUUCUGUGGCUUCCAAUAACACAUUUAGAUGUACAGAGACAAAAGGGGAGUUUCAUCCUUGUAAAGAUUAUCGGAAAUAUUUUCUGGACUGGCGCAUCCAACCAGAUCCCAGCAUCACGGCUUCCGAUUACUGGAAGUUUGUUUUCAAGGAAUUCAAUCACCAGUUUGCUGAGGCGUUUGAUGCUCUCCCUGCCGAUCUCCCUGGUGACUAGUAUAAAAUAACUAAAGAGCAGGCACUGGAGAGCCUAAAGGAAGCCUUUACAGUGAAGUAAAAAACAGGCUGAGAAACUCUGUUGUGAGCGGAAAGUUACAGCAGUGAAUUUUCUUUACAUGUGGUAUGUGAAAAAAAUCCCUUAUCUUCUAAAUAUGGAAUGUUGUUUCUCUUUUAGUAUAAGACACAGGUUGCAGCUUCCAAACAGAUAAAGAAGCAAUGCUUUUUCACAUCACAUAGAAUUUAUGGCAAAAUUAAAG